AUGAGUGAAAUUAUUCAACAAAGAAGUUCUAUUAAAUAUUGUGUGCGGAAUCAAAUUUCUGGUACCGAAACGUUCAGAAUGUUGCAAAAGGCCUUCGGUAGUAAUUGUAUGUCGCGAGCAAGUGAUUUUGAUUGGUACAAAUUAUGCAAAGAGGGUCGAGAACGCGUUGACGACAAACCACAUCCAGGACGGACAUCAACAUCAACUGAUGAUCAACACGUCAAUAAAAUCAAGGAAUUGGUGCUCGAGAAUCGACUAUUAACAGUCAGAGACCUUACUGAUAUCGUUGGAAUAUCGGAAGGAUCAGUGAAAACCAUUUUAAAAGAUCAUUUGGGCCUAAGAAAAGUGAAUGCACGAUUGGUUCCAAAAUCACUCAAUUUUCUUGAAAAUCAGCGUCGCGUUGACGUCUGUGAAACAAUGCUUUCCGACUACCAGGAUGUCAUGAAACGUAUAAUAACUGGCGACGAGUCUUGGAUCUACGCUUACGACCCGGAAACAGGCGAUCAAUCGGCCGAAAAUCGUGCCAAAGGUGAGCCGAAGCCGCAAAACCACGUCAAAGCAAGUCAAAACUCAAGGUCAUGUUGA